AGAUAUCUAUGGACUUAACACAACACAAUAACCUAACUUUUUUUGACAUUUUUGACAGCGAAAACGUCAUUUUUUAUUAGAAAUGAGUCACGAUUAAUUACUCAUUUAAAGUCUACUUAUUAUUAUCUAAAGUAAGCUCAGUAUUGUUUAAAAGUGUAAAUCGUAAAGAUGUUUUCGAGCGGGCCGAAUUAUACAAAAUUAAAAACGCAUUUAAGAUUAGCUAUAAAUAGGUUAAAACUGCUCGAGAAGAAAAAAAGUGAGUUGACUCAAAAAUCUCGGCGAGAAAUCGCCGAUUUUAUCCAAGCUGGAAAAUAUGAACGUGCUAAAAUUCGUGUUGAACAUAUUGUUAGAGAGGAUUACUUAGUUGAAGCUAUGGAAGUUGUUGAAAUGGACUGUGAUUUAUUAUUGGCACGAUUUGGUUUAAUCACCCAAAUGAAAGACUUAGAUGAGGGAAUUGCCGAAGCUAUCGCUAGCAUAAUGUGGGUCGCCCCUCGUUUACAAUCUGAUUGUCCUGAAUUAAAAGUGAUUGCUGAUUUAUUAGCAGGAAAAUAUGGUUUGCAAUUCGCUGAAGCGUGUAGAAACGAAUCUGAGACAAGAAUAAGCCCUAAAUUAAAACAUAAAAUGUCAAUUCAGAGCCCUCCAAAACUUCUUGUUGAAAAAUAUUUGAUUGAAAUUGCUAAAACUUAUGAUAUUCCUUAUGACCCUGAUCCACAAAUCUUAGGAGAAGGAAAUCGGGAUGGAAUGUUAAUAGAUUUAAGUGAUAAAAAUAAUUUGGGUGGAGGUAAUGUGUAUCCACCAGGAUUUAUUGGAUAUCCACAACCCCCACCUUUACCUUUACAAGGUCCAUUUUCGUGAUAUAACAUAUCGGAAAGGUGAUUAAGUGGAAACAGCUUCCGGUAACAAAGUAAGCAAACAAUCGGUUCUGUGUGGUUCGCAAAAUAUAAUUCUUCAAGGAAGGGUUAUAGUUCAAUCGAAUGCUAUAAUUCGAGGCGAUUUGGCGAGUGUAAAAAUGGGGCGAUACUGUGUAAUUAGUAAAGGAGCAGUUAUUCGACCCCCUUUUAAAAAAUUGAGUAAAGGAGUCGCAUUUUUUCUGUUAAUUAUGGGAGAUAAUGCGUUUAUUGGUGAAAAUUCUGUGGUUAAUGCUGCUGUGGUUGGAUCGUACGUCUAUAUUGGGAAAAAUUGCGUGAUAGGGCGACGAUGCCAGUUAAAAGAUUGCUGUGUUAUAGAGGAUAAUGCUGUUAUCCCUCCUGAAACUGUUAUCCACCAUUUACAAGAUAUAAAGGAAAUCCUGGGAUGCAGUUUGGAGAGGUUCCCGAGUGUGAAAUGGAUUUAAUGAUUGAUUUUACUAGGGCUUAUUAUAAACAUUUUGUUCCAGCUAAAUUAAUAUAA